GAGCAGACGAUCAGGCUAUUGUAAUUCGUUAAUCUUGUUAAAAAUCUACCUUAAUCUAUAAAUAGUUACAAAUUUUUCCAUAAAUGAAUCAGCAAAGAGACAAAACAGGCAAAUUUCAAGGCAAAGUUAAUGUAAAAAAGAAAAACAAGAGGUCCGAUUUUUUCAAGUGGUCAAAUGAAGGGAAGAAGAAGGACCCCGAAAUAGUUGGCUUAUUUAAUGACCACUUCAACUACAUUCAUGACCACACAGAUAUAGCAGCAGAGGCUGAGAUCACUGAUCCAACUUAUGGGAAACAACAGUCCUGGGUUGUGGGGAGGAGGAUUGUUGAAUUAGACCUUCUUGCAGUGGGAAUGUACUGCUGUAUUUGUAAGUCCCCUCUACACCUGUCCAAUACAGUAGGGGAAAAGCUAUUUGGCCUAAGUGGCAUUAUUAUGAUUCGUUGUGAACUUUGUGACACAGUGACAGAUGUCCAGACAGGGAAAAGAGGACCAACUGGAAGUUAUGAUAUCAACACAAAAGCAGCCAUAGGAAUGAUACAUGCAGGAAUAGGACCUACCCAUCUACAAAACUUUCUUGCUGAAUGUAAUUUGCCAUCUAUCAGUGAAAACACUUUGAGGAAGAAGGAGAAGGAGCUUAGUAAACAGAUUGGGGAAGUUGCAAACAGAUCUUGCAGAACUGCACAGGAAGAAGAAAAAGCGCAGAGUAACAAUAGUAAUGUUGAAGCUAGUUUUGAUGGUGGUUGGCAGAAGAGAGGCUCUGGAUGGAAUUACAAUAGUAAUACAGGACACUCAACCUUUAUUGGAAAAGAAUCUGGGAAAGUACUGUCAUUUGAUUUAAGGAGUAAAACAUGUAAGACCUGUGAGUACCACCAAUCCAGAAAAGAGACUGUUCCAGAUCAUGACUGUCAAUCAAAUUGGCAUGGAUCAAGUAAAGCCAUGGAGGCUGAUAUGGCUGUAGCAAUGGCUCACAGGUUGAAAGAUGAUGGAUGUGAAAUCAAAGUUGUGCAUGCUGAUAAUGAUGCAUCAACAACAGCAAGACUUCAAGUUGAGUUUGACAACAUUUCAAAAAAGGACGACCAGAACCAUGUCAAAAAAGGGAUAUCUACAAGCUUGCAUAAUAUUUCUAAAAGUUACAGGGAGUUGCAGAAAGAUGAAACCAGGCAGUACAUUUUGAGAUGUUUUAUGUAUGCAAUAAAGGGAGGAAAGACAGAAAAUGACAUCAAAAGUAAUCUGGAAAGAAUUGUGCCACAUGUUUUUGGUAGUCAUGAGAAAUGUGAAGAUGUUGACUGGUGUACAUAUAACACAAAUCCUGAAAAUUUCAAGUACAAAAGUCUGCCAAAUGGGAAACCACUAACAUCAGAUGGAUUAAAGGAGGAGUUAAACAGCUUAGUCAGAAAGAUGAUAAGUAGGAGUGAGUCCAUAACUGAUUUAGGAUCAACACAAGCCAAUGAAAGUUUUAAUCAACUUGUAUCUGUAAAGGCACAUAAAGCAAGGUAUCUACAACAGUAUUCACAAAGGGCUAAUGCAUGA